AUGCGUCAUCCGCUCAAGGCCGUCGUCUUCAUAGCUUCCCUGGUGGCGUCGGCGACGGCCUCCGCCCCGCUCGCCACGCAGGGUGCCCUGGUCCUCGCCACCCGCGCCCGCGGCGACGCCCGCGAGCUGUGCGGCGACCUCCUGGACAACGACGUGGAGCUGGACAUGGACCUGGAGGAGCUGGACGCCGCCGAACGGUGGCUGCUGCCGUACCACGAGACGGAGGCCGACCUGGAGGACGCGGACGAGUACGGCGCCUUCCACCACGGCUGGGGCCACUCCCACUGGCUCCCUCCAGGAGGGCCGGGCCAGCACGGCCAGCACGGCAACCACACCAGCGCCCGGAGGGAAGUCCCUGUGCCGCGUGAGAUUUACUCCUGUUGCUGCAACGCCCCCGGCCCGCACGGAGGAGUCCUCAACGCCCGUCCCUAG